AUGAGCCUCUCCGGCAAAGAGAAAACGGGAGGAGGAAACCGAGGUAGAGGCCUCUUUGCAGCUUUCCAGUCAAUCUCAACGGAGGCAAGUCCACAUCGAAAAGCUACUCGCAAUGCAGCCGACGCCGCUGCAACAUACAUUCUACAGUCCGAGGAGACCACGGCUGAGAAAACCGCACGUAACGCAGCGAAAUCUGCGGCAACGUCCAUUCGACGGUCCCAGGAAUCCAUGGCUGAGAAAUCCGCACGCCAAGCAUCAGAGGCCGCUGCAACUACUACGUUCGAUCAGGUUUACCACGGGAUUGGGUCCCUUUUGCCGAAAACUGCCACUGAUUCGUCCUUUCUACAAAUAUACUUCAUAGCUGACUACAAUCAACAGACAGAUACCCGCAUGGGCAUUAUACCCGAGAACGAUACAGGCCAGGACAAUCAUCCUCGCAGUGAUAUCAUAAUGAAUCUCCAACAAAUGCUCCACGAGACAAACAGCUAUGUCCGCAGUUUUAAGUAUGCUCUCAAAAAUAACACUUCUUCUGAUUUCAUUAUUGUAUUUGAUGCCGACAAACGGCUUCAGGGAGAGCACGAACGUCGUUACAAUGCUCCCGCAAAUAACGAAGUUUCCGUCAUUGUCAGCGGUAAUCAGCACAACAGACGUGACAUUGUUAUCGAAUCGCACGGCAGUGGGCUCCGAAGAAUCAGUGAAACGUACCGGUCCUACAAUGCACUGCAAUACCCCCUUCUCUUCUUUUUCGGAGAAGAUGGGUACCACUAUGGUAUACUGCAAAAUGUAUCCACCUUAAAAACAGUGUCUUGCAGGUCUUUCUACGCCUAUCUCUUGAUGGUUCAUGAGGGUGCAUACAAUCAUCUUCAUCGAUGCCGGGAAAUUUUCCAUCAUUCAUGGCUGCUAAGAUGGAACCCGAAAGACUCUGUUACAUCCGAUGGAAUCAGUCCAAGUUGCGCUGCGACUCUUGCAUUCCCCUCCGUGAUGCUUUACGAAAUAACGCUGAUCCACGCAAUAUAG